AUGCAUUGUUUUCUGGAAGACCCUUCCAAUGUUGAGUACAUAGAAGGAGCAGACGCAAUAUUAACCUGUAAAGUCAGUCCUACAAGUCUACCUGUGAAAUGGUUUAAAGACGGCAAUGCUGUUGAACUAGACGAUAAUUGUGAACAGUAUAAUAAAGGCACAAAACACAUCCUUAGUAUCAAGCAUGCUAAAUCAGAUGACAGUGGAGAAUAUUGUGUGAAAGUAGGAAACUUUUCCCGAAAACUACAGCUGAAAAUUAAAGAUUGUUUUCUGGAAGACCCUUCCAAUGUUGAGUACAUAGAAGGAGCAGACGCAAUAUUAACCUGUAAAGUCAGUCCUACAAGUCUACCUGUGAAAUGGUUUAAAGACGACAAUGCUGUUGAACUAUACAAUAAUUGUGAACAGUCUAAUAAAGGCACAAAACACAUCCUUAGUAUCAAGCAUGCUAAAUCAGAUGACAGUGGAGAAUAUUGUGUAAAAGUAGGAAACUUUUCCCGAAAACUACAGCUGAAAAUUAAAGAUUGUUUUCUGGAAGACCCUUCCAAUGUUGAGUACAUAGAAGGAGAAGAUGCAAUAUUAACCUGUAAAGUAAGCCCUACAAGUCUACCUGUGGAAUGGUUUAAAGACGGCAAUGCUGUUGAACUAGACGAUAAUUGUGAACAGUCCAAUGAAGGCACAAAACACAUCCUUAGAAUCAAGCAUGCUAAAUCAGAUGACAGUGGGGAAUAUUGUGUAAAAGUAGGAAACUUUUCCCGCAAACUACAGCUGGAAAUUAAAGAUUAUUUUCUUGAAGGCCCUUCCAAUAUUGAGUGCAUAGAAGGAGAAGAUGCGACUUUGACCUGUAAAAUACGCUCUAAGGACCAAUCUGUAAAUUGGAUGAAAGAUGGAAAAGAAAAAUCAUUAAACGAAAAUUGUACAAUUUCCAAUCAAGGCACAAAAUACCACCUUACAAUAAAGAACGUUAAAUCAGGUGAUAGUGGAGAAUAUUGUAUGCAAGUUGGAAAAUUUUCAAAGAAAAUACAGCUGAAAAUUAAAGACUGUCGUGGGUGGUGA